AUGGUCUAUGCUUUUCCAUAUCAUUUGAAUAAAAGGGCUGCUAAGUUUGUAAAAUGUGACUCACAUACCCCAGCAAUCAGUAAUGUAACACUUAGCCCUGACUCUCCAAAAGCUGGCUCUAAUCUCGAAGUUAAAGGUUCAGCGACGACCAAUGAUGCUAUUGUUAAUGGUGAUACAUUCAAUUUUGUAAUUUUAGAUCUACAUCCAGAAAACCCUUCCCCCGUAUUCGUCGGCCCGACUGUAGAUAUUUGCACGAAAACUAAAUGUCCAACAAAUACGUUUAUCUUUGACAAAACCUAUGAUUUAUCAAGAGUAGCAUCGCUUCCAUCAGGCUACUUAAUUGCAAUUACAAUUGAACCUAGCGACCGAGAUCCAACCAAAAUAAAAGCUUGUGCAGUGGGUCCCUAA